AACGUAGACUUACCUUAUAAAUUUUAGGUUAACAUCGGGAUGAUAAGUGUCAAUAAAAUUAAGUUACCUAACUUAAAAGAAGCACAAAACACGUUUAAUACGAUUUUUAAUACUCAAACGAUUUAUAUUAUAUUUACGUGUUUCGGAUAUCAGUUAUACAAAGUGUAAGUAGGCUGUUACACCUCAGCGAUAGACACUGAUGACGCAUCUCUUUUAUGAAGUGGCUGUGCAGAUUUAAACUAUGAAAGAUUCCGAAGAAGACAGCUUAGCAGAGGGAUGGGAGACGAGGUAUGAUACUAUACAUAGGUGUGUAUUUUAUGUUCACCCUGGAAAAAGGCUAGCCCAGUUGGACGAUCCAAAAGAGUCGGGUGUACAAACCAAAAAAUAUGGGAAGGACUGGAUCAACGUCAUUGAAUCGGAUGCUCCUCUUGAAGAUUUUCCGUGGUUCCAUGGAAAUAUUUCUUAUGCUGAAUCAGAGAAACUUCUGAAAUAUCAGGAAGGUGGAACCUUUCUCGUACGACGAAGUCAAUCACACAAAGAUUGGCUUGUACUUGUUGUCAAAAAGUCAACGCUUGGAAAAGAAGCACUUCAAUUUCAGAUCAAGUACACGAAUCCUGGUGAAUAUUUUCAAAUUGAGAGGGACGAUAAUAUUUUCUUUAGUAUACCAAAACUUAUAGAAUAUUACACUAACCAUACCAUUCUCAAAUUUGGUAUAAAAUUAACCGCCCCAUUAGACAAACACAUAAUGAACGAAACGAAAAGCAGUGUACCAGAUGAGCUUUCAAAUGACCCAAGGACGAGAGAACUCUAUGAAAAAGCAUUAGAGAAAGGGACAGAAAAUGACAACACAAUACGAGUUAUGGUUAUUGGUUGUUGCGAACAAGGCAAAACGUCAUUAGUAAGGCGUUUAUUGAAAAACUCAAUUGAAGGAGUUGAAACAACCAACGGUAUUGACUUGCAUAAAUGUACAGUUAUCAGCGAAAAUGAAUGGAAGAAGUUCGACAAUGAAGAUCUUGACGAAGAAACUGUUCAGCGCUUGGUUAAUAUUGCACUUAGAGAAAGAACAUACGAGACAUUUGCAUCGGUUACUCAUGGGGAAAAAGGCCUGCUUAACAAAGAUGAAGAAGAAUCCACUUCAGUAACGGAUAUAUCAAGAACAACGGCUGAAAAAAAAAUUUGUUCAGCAAGUGGUCUCGAAAUAAUUGAUAAAUCUGAUGAUUAUAGGGGCAAAAGAAGGGAAAAGGUUAAAGUGAACAAAAAUAAAAUUGCUGGCGCUGUUAAUUUUUAUGUCAGAAAUAAAAGAGUCAAUUUCGAAAAUUUAAAUUCAUUUCAGACUGAAUUAUAAAGAGUUGAA